CCCACCCAUAAUUCUGCACUCACUCAUCGAGCCAUCAACAGUCUUUCAGCUUCACAUUCUCCUGUCUAUUCUUCACUUCUUUUUUGCUUGACGCAUUCAUUCGCUUGCGACUUUAACACAUUCUUUGAAUCUUACAAACACAACUCUUCCAGCACCAACUCUUUCCCAUCAACUCAACCAUCAAAAUGAAGGCCUCCGUCGCUGCUUCCAUCUUGGCCUUUGCUGCCGCUGCCGCUGCCGGCCCCUCCAGGAGGGCCCCGAACAACUUCUUCAGCCUUGGCAAGCGUUCCACUCUUGCCAUCCCUACUUCCCAGGGCAGUGAGACUUUGGACGCCGCUAUGGAAGUCUCUGGCACCUUUGAUGGUGGCAUGAAGACCUACGGCCGUGGUGUCAGCUGCACUGGCCAGGAAGAGGGAGACGACUCCGAUGCCGUCUUCAUCAUCGCGGAUGGCGGUUCUCUCAAGAACGUCAUCAUCGGCGAGGACCAGAUCGAAGGUGUUCACUGUGAAGGCUCAUGCACCAUUGAGAACGUCUGGUGGGCCGCGGUCUGCGAGGAUGCUCUCUCCCUGAAGGGCGACGGUGACGCCACCAUCACUGGCGGCGGAGCUACUGGUGCUGCCGACAAGGUGAUCCAGCACAACGGCGCUGGUACCGUGACCAUCGAUGGCUUUGCGGCCGACGACUUCGGCAAGCUGUACCGCUCAUGCGGAAACUGCAAGGAGAGCGCCGAGCGCCACGUCGUCAUCAAGAACGUCAAGGUUAGCAACGGCGAUCUCCUGGUCGGCAUCAACUCCAACUUCGGCGAUACUGCCACGAUCACCGACACGUGCGCGACCAGUGUCAGCACCAUCUGCGAGGAGUUCGAGGGUACCACCCCGGGCAACGAGCCUGAGGAGAUUUCCAGCGGUGUUUCGGCCGCUUGCAUCUACACCGAUCCCCUUCCCUCUUGCUAGGCGGUUCGCAUUCGGAACGGGUGGAGCUAUGGCUGUGUGGUUGUAAGAUAGUUGUUGAGUGUGCGAUACUUGUGUUUUGCUGCAGGAUAGAUAGCUGGACUUACAUUCUUUAGC